AUGAGGAAUGUCUACAGGAGAUGGAAAGAUUGCGUCGACACGAACCUCCAGCUGAUCCUGAAUAAUAAGCGUGUCAUACCUGCCUUCACUGGCUACUACUACAGUAGAACCAGCAAACACGAACCUCCAGCUAAAGUCUACAACCAACUUGCCGUCACUACUUCGAGGGCGCCUAACAUCGAAACGCCCACCACGGGCGCACCCUCCAUACACGCACCCACCACGGGCGCGCCCCCGAAGGAAGCGCCCAGCACCCUAUCGCCCCUGACGGAGUACAUCGCCUGCGACGAGAUGGGUCAGCUCGGGAACAACAUGUUCCAGUACGCAGGGCUCCUAGGCCUGGCCAGGAGAAAUCGGAAAAUCCCGUUCAUCCAACCCCAGUUUAGAAUCACCAAAGCCUUCAAAGUCACUCACGUCAUGCCCUUCGACGUGUCCAGAAAAUGGACGGUCGUUUUUGAACACAGUUACGGAAAAUUCGAUACGACUUUAUUAAACCUAACAUCCGGGGAUAUACAUUUUAAUGGAUAUUUACAGUCGUUUAAGUAUUUCCAAAAUAUAACCGAGGAGAUUAAGAAAGAGUUUGUUUUUCACGAUUGGAUAACAAAACUAGCGAGCGAUUGCUUAGAGAGUUUGAAAGACGUCAUUGGGGAUAGGAUUCCUAUUGGCGUGCAUGUGAGGAGGAUGGAUAAGACGUACGGCAAGGAUAUGGGGAGCGGUGACCUCGUGGCACCUGACACGUACUUCCGGAAGGCUUUUGAUUGGAUGGAGGCCAAGUACAAGAACGUGGUGUUUCUCGUCGCCACGGAUGACCGAUCGUGGUGCCAGACUACGCUCGUGGACGGUGCCAGGGUUGUCCUGUUGCCUGUUGCCAUAGCAGAGGUACACCUGCGUGUGCUGACGAUGUGCCGUCACGUGAUCAUGUCCGUCGGGACCUUUGGCUGGUGGGCAGGCUGGUUCGUCGGCGGUGACGUCAUCUACUACACCCGGCAGGUGAGGGAGGGCUCGGAGAGGAGCCGGAUGUUUGAGGCCACGGACUUUUUCCCGCCCCACUGGAUCGGGAUCGGGGACUGA